AUGCUUAGAUCGAGAUUGCUGGCAAGCUCUGGAUCAGUUACUAGAUCAUUUCACAGCUUAAACCGAUUGAGAAACGUGGCCAAAGUAGCCAAUGUUUCCUCUGCGGAAUAUGAUAAAAUAUACACUCCAAGAGUGGGCUCUUAUGCACAGCUGGACACAUUCCAAAGACGUCAUCUGGGCCCCAGUACCACAAAUGUCAGUGAUAUGCUCAAAACCAUGGGGUACAAGGAUUUGGAUCUUUUCAUAAGUCAAGUGAUCCCUCCCCAGGUGUUGAGUAAGCGUGCGUUGAAAUUGGAGGCACCUGUGAAGGGUUACACAGAGCAGGAGAUGCUGAAAUGCCUCCAUGAAGUGGCCAACAAAAAUAAAUGGAACGUUAAGAACUUUAUUGGUAAGGGCUACUACGGAACCAUUUUACCACCAGUCAUCCAAAGAAAUCUAUUAGAAUGCCCAGAGUGGUACACUUCUUACACGCCUUAUCAGCCAGAAAUAUCUCAAGGGAGAUUAGAGGCUUUGUUAAACUUCCAAACGGUUAUUUCAGAUUUAACAGGGUUGCCAGUGGCCAAUGCCUCCUUACUAGAUGAGGGAACAGCAGCAGGUGAAUCGAUGCUAUUAUCCUUCAAUGCUGCUAAAAAAAAGAGAACUAAAUUCAUCAUUGAUAAAAGAUUGCACCCGCAAACCAAAUCGGUCCUCAGGACAAGAGCUGCGCCAUUUGGUAUUGAGCUAGUCGAAAUUGAUACAUGUGACACCGAAGCCGCUAAGUCUUUGCUAUCAGAUAAGCAGGUCUUUGGUGGUUUGGUUCAGUAUCCCGGCACAGAUGGUUCCAUAACGCCGGGAGAAACCAUGAAACUGAUUGCGGACACAUUGCAUGCCAACAAGGCGCUCUUUAGCGUUGCUUCUGAUUUGAUGGCACUUACCUUAUUGAAACCUCCUUCUGAAUUUGGAGCCGAUAUCGUCCUAGGUUCCUCUCAAAGAUUUGGUGUCCCAUUUGGUUACGGUGGACCACACGCUGCAUUCUUCGCGGUUGUCGAAAAAUUGAACAGAAAGAUACCUGGCAGAAUUGUUGGAGUCUCGAAGGAUAGAUUGGGGAAACCAGCUUUACGUCUCGCUCUACAGACCAGAGAGCAACAUAUUAAACGUGACAAGGCAACUUCCAACAUUUGUACUGCCCAAGCUUUGUUGGCCAAUAUUGCUGGAAGCUACUGCGUUUACCAUGGGCCACAGGGUCUAAAGAACAUUGCCAACAGAAUUUAUGGAUUUACCAGUGUUUUGGCAGAAAAAAUCCAGAAGGAAUCUGUUCAUUCUUUAAUCAACGAAUCUUGGUUUGACACCUUGACUGUGAAGUUGGCUGACGGUGUGAAUUCUAAUGAUAUUCUACAAAAGGCCUUCAACGAUUAUUCCAUCAACCUAUUUGCUGAAAGCGACAACAUUGUUAGCAUUUCGCUCGAUGAAACAGUCACUCAGGAAGAUCUAAUUAGUUUAUGCAAACUGUUUGGAGUAUCUUCCAAACUGCCAGAAUCUCUUCCAUGUUUCCCGGAUGCCCUUCUGCGGAAAGACUCAAUUCUUUCCAACGACGUCUUCAAUAAACACCAUUCCGAGACUGCGAUGUUGAGAUAUCUCCAUCGUUUACAAAGUCGUGAUCUUUCGCUGGCCAAUUCUAUGAUUCCUUUAGGAUCGUGUACAAUGAAGCUUAAUGCUACCGUCGAAAUGAUGCCAAUAACAUGGCCUCAGUUUGCGAACAUACACCCCUUCCAGCCAGCUGACCAAGUUGAAGGCUACCGUGAACUUAUCGGCUCUUUGGAAAAUGAUUUGGCAAACAUAACCGGUUUUGAUGCUGUUUCGUUGCAACCAAAUUCCGGCGCACAGGGUGAGUAUAGUGGGUUGAGAGUAAUCAGGUCUUAUUUGGAAUCUCAAGGCCAAGGUCACCGUAACAUUUGUUUAAUUCCAGUUUCAGCUCAUGGGACCAAUCCCGCUUCUGCUGCCAUGUGUGGAUUGAAAGUUAUUCCAGUCGAUUGUUUAAGUGACGGUUCGUUGGAUUUGAAAGACCUAAAGGCCAAGGCUGAGAAAUAUCAAGACACCCUUGCUGCAAUCAUGAUCACCUAUCCUUCGACCUAUGGUCUCUUUGGCCCCGGCGUCAAGGAUGCAAUCAACAUAGUCCAUGAGAACGGGGGACAAGUUUACUUGGAUGGUGCCAAUAUGAAUGCGCAAGUGGGUCUAACAUCUCCUGGAGACCUAGGUGCAGAUGUCUGUCACCUGAACCUACAUAAGACUUUCUCCAUUCCACACGGUGGUGGUGGACCCGGUGUUGGCCCAAUUUGUGUCAGAUCUCAUUUGGCGCCUUAUCUGCCAGGUCAUGAUGUUGCUAAGAUGAUCACUGACAUUGGCAGUGCUGACAGUAUAAGCUCUGUGUCGAGCGCUCCAUAUGGAAGUGCCUCGAUCUUGCCAAUCUCGUAUGCUUAUAUCAAGAUGAUGGGUUCCGAGGGCUUGCCUUUUUCAUCAGUUAUCGCGAUGCUGAAUGCCAAUUACAUGAUGAACAGACUGAAGUCACAUUACGAUAUCUUGUUCGUUAAUGACAGAUCUAACAUCAAACACUGUGGUCAUGAGUUCAUAAUCGAUCUGAGAGCUUUCAAGACUAAGGGCGUUGAAGCUAUCGAUGUUGCUAAGAGGCUUCAAGAUUACGGCUUCCAUGCACCAACGUUGGCCUUCCCCGUGCCUGGAACAUUAAUGGUGGAGCCUACAGAAUCGGAAAACCUCGAUGAGCUUGAUCGCUUUGUUGAAGCCAUGAUCGCAAUUAGACGCGAAAUCGAUUUAUAUAUCACUGGCGACGCUAGAGGUCAAGUUCUUAAAAAUGCACCACACUCUCUAGAGGACCUUAUCACUAGUGAAGACUGGCAGACAAGAGGGUACACGAGAGAAGAGGCUGCAUACCCUCUAGGUUAUUUGAAGUACAACAAAUUUUGGCCUCCUGUUUCGCGCCUAGACGAUACCUACGGGGACCUAAAUCUCAUGUGCACCUGCCCAUCUGUGAAGGAAAUCGCUGAGGACACAAACGACCUCUAA